AAGUGCCACCCUUUCGAUUUCGAGAUUUCAAGGUCAAGCCAACCUCGCACAAGUUCAAUUCACCACAAAGGCCACAACGGCCACAACAGCGUCGCACUCCAUGGACAAGUCACUAGCGCUUGCUCGAAUCGCGCGGGGCGUCCGCAGCAGCCGUGCUCAGCGCACCGUCGCCUCUCUCCCCAGCCUUCGACCACAGUGCAGGCCAACACAACCGCCAGUCCUUGCUGGCCGGCACAUGAGCUCCGGCCCCUCCGUCGUUCAGCCCUCGUUCUGGAAGUCAAUGAUACCAAAGCCCUUCCGCCGCAAGACGGGCCACCACCCAGAGUUCCUCGUCGCGCCCAAGAAGCCCCGGUCCAAGGAGUGGAACCCGGCGACCUUCUUCAUCGUCAUCUUCCUCUUCAUCGGGUCCAUGUCGAUCCAGAUGAUUGCCCUGCGCAGGGACUUCAGCGCCUUCACCCGCCGAGCGGACGUGCGGAUCGGCCUGCUCCGCGAGGUUGUCGAGAAGCUGCAGCGUGGAGAGCCUGUCGAUGUGGAGAAGGCGCUGGGCACGGGGGAUGCGCAGAAGGAGCUCGAGUGGGAGCAGGUGCUGCGCGAGAUCGAGCGCGACGAUAUACUCAAAAACACACAGAAGAGCAGUCGGUCGAGAUCAGCGCCCAGCUCGUCCGGAUCUGCUGCUGCGAGCCAGUCCCAGUCUGCACCUGCUGAGAGCAAACAGGAUGCGACGCAGUCGGAACCGACCUCGGCCACGGACAGCGGGACAAAGACCAAGGCGGCCAGCUUCUCUAGCUUCUUUUGAGUAUGUAUUUACAUGUAUCAAGAUGUACCAACAAGUCCACCAAAAUGUAUAUUAGACC